GGUCAGGAAGUGCCCGAGAGUGUGUGUCACUCCUCGCCCUGACACCUUGUUGAUUUCUAGGAGCUCAGAUUGCACCGCCUGCCUGGAGAGGAUUGAGCUUAAUCACCUGUUCUACAGGUGUGGCCCGGGGGGCUGCCACCUGUCUCUCCCUUUCUCCUCUCCCCGACUCCUUUGAUGCCUUGGGGUCCCCAAAGACGCCACCAUGAGCAAGUUGGGCAAGUUUUUCAAAGGGGGAAACUCCUCCAAGAGCAAGGCCGCUCCCAGCCCCCAGGAGGCCUUGGCUCGGCUCCGGGAGACCGAGGAGAUGCUGGGCAAGAAACAAGAGUAUUUGGAAUCCAGGAUCCAGAGGGAGCUUGCCCUGGCCAAGAAGCACGGGACUCACAAUAAGCGAGCGGCAUUACAGGCACUAAAGAGAAAGAAGAGGUUUGAGAAACAGUUGACUCAGAUUGAUGGCACACUUUCCACCAUUGAGUUCCAGAGAGAAGCCCUGGAAAAUUCCCAUACCAACACAGAAGUGUUAAAGAACAUGGGCUUAGCUGCAAAAGCCAUGAAAGCAGUUCAUGAAAAUAUGGACAUUAACAAAAUAGAUGAUCUGAUGCAAGAGAUUACAGAACAGCAAGAUAUCGCCCAGGAAAUCUCAGAAGCAUUUUCUCAGCGAGUUGGAUUCAUUGAUGAUUUUGAUGAGGAUGAGUUGAUGUCAGAACUUGAAGAAUUGGAGCAGGAGGAAUUAAAUAAGAAGAUGACAAAUAUCAGACUUCCAAAUGUACCCUGUACCUCACUGCCAGCCCACCCUGGUAGGCUGCCAAGUGUACCAUCCACCUCACAUCGAUCCCGAUCCCGAGCAGCAUCUUCUAGGAGGAAAGAAGAUGAAGAUGACAUAAAACAACUGGCAGCUUGGGCUUCUUAAGGCCAAACUACAAUUAUCAUCAGCCUAUAGCUAUGGGACAUGUAUAAAAUGUUUUGAGUAGAGUUCAUUCAUAUACACUUACUGAGGCCCCAUUUGGGAAAACAUAGGUAGAUUGCCUUUCAAUGUUUUAGGCCAUGUUUGAUUAAAAUUCUGUUCAUGAACCUCUGACAUGCAGGAAUCCACAUACUUCAAAUGAGGAGUGGAAAUGUUAUGUCAUUGACCAGUUUGCAAGUGGCUUAAGAGUAAUGUAGCAAGGACUGCAAGGGAAAUUAUUGCAUUUCCCACUAUUCUGUUUGUGUAUGGGCCUGGCUAUAUGUGCGUGACACUUGUCAACACACACAUAUGUCUUUAUAUGAGGUGUCUGCUAUAAGAGGUCUGGAACAUGGUAAUCAUUAGGAGCACUAGUGUGUAUCUCCUAGAUGCAAUUCCAAUAUAGACUGUACAUAUACUAGUUAUGCUUGAGUUUUUCAGUUUGGAAACUUAAAAGAUUCUUCAGAUUGACUUUUAAUAUGUCAUUUAGGUUUGAAAUUAGGCAACAGAUACAUUUGCAGUGGCCUAUACCACUAAUUGUGAAUACUACUGGGCCAGGUUCUCAUGUAUGUGAUUUAAGUACUUGGGUAGCUAUAUUAAUGUUUGCAGUCCAUUUGAACACCAUUAAUGUUUCAGUGUACUGUACUCAGUUUAGUGACUCUUAUUCUUUUCUAUUUGGUUCCAUUUGGUUCAUGCUUGUAAAUUUGUUUCAGAUUUAUAGCAUAGUAUUUGUAAAUAUAUGA